CAGUAUAUAGAAGUCCAUGAGUGUAUUAUACUGCAUCUAUGGUUGGCAAUGUUUGACCGUUCGUGCGGGAGGCAGAGUGUGAGCCGAUUAUUUUUAUUAUAAUCGUGCAGAAAAGCAAGAUGCGUCAAGUUAUGGUACAGUUUAUAUAUUGUCCUUAGUCUGGUGUAGCAUUGUGUAGUGUGGUGUCAAGUAUUGUGCAGUGUUAUUCGACCGCCCUAACGUGACAAGUUAUAAUGGCGGGCUCUAUAGAGAUACCACUCCGUGAUACAGACGAGGUCAUAGAACUUUAUUUAGACCAGUUACCAGAAGGAGAUGAAGUUCUGGGGAUUCUACGGCAGGAACAUGCCCAACUUAAUAUCUGGGUCAAUUUGGCCCUCGAAUAUUAUAAGCAGCAAAAGAUUGAAGACUUCAUUAAGAUACUCGAAUCUUCUCGUCUUGAUGCAAAUAUUGAUUAUCGUGAUUAUGAAAAGGAUCAGAUGCGAGCUCUUGAUAUGUUGGCUGCCUAUUAUGUCCAGGAAGCUAACAAGGAAAAGAAUAAGGACAAAAAAAGAGAUCUCUUUACAAAAGCUACAUUACUGUAUACAACAGCUGACAAGAUCAUCAUGUAUGACCAGAAUCAUUUGCUUGGCCGAGCUUACUUCUGUUUGCUCGAAGGCGAUAAAAUGGAUCAGGCUGACGCACAGUUCAAUUUCGUGCUGAAUCAGUCGCCAAAUAAUAUACCCUCUCUGCUGGGUAAAGCUUGCAUCGCUUUCAACAAAAAAGACUACAGAGGUGCUCUUGCGUUUUAUAAGAAAGCCCUGAGAACUAAUCCAAACUGUCCAGCCGCUGUUAGGCUGGGAAUGGGACAUUGUUUCAUGAAAUUGAAUAAUCAGGAGAAAGCGCGACUUGCAUUCGAGAGAGCUUUACAGUUGGACGGACAAUGCGUCGGUGCGCUGGUUGGCCUUUCAGUCUUGAAAUUAAAUCAGCAACAGCCCGACAGCAUAAGAACUGGCGUGCAAAUGUUAUCGAAGGCGUAUACGAUUGACUCGACAAAUCCAAUGGUGUUGAACCAUUUAGCGAACCAUUUCUUCUUCAAAAAAGAUUACAAUAAAGUUCAACAUUUAGCACUGCACGCUUUUCACAAUACGGAAAAUGAGGCCAUGCGGGCGGAAAGUUGCUAUCAACUAGCCAGAGCAUUUCACGUCCAAGGUGAUUACGAUCAAGCGUUUCAAUAUUACUAUCAGGCGACACAGUUUGCUCCGCCUGUAUUUGUAUUACCACAUUUUGGUUUAGGACAAAUGUAUGUUUAUCGCGGUGAUGCAGAAAAUGCUGCCCAGUGCUUCGAGAAAGUUUUGAAAGCACAACCAGGCAAUUAUGAAACUAUGAAGAUUCUCGGCUCACUUUAUGCUAAUUCGAGCUCGCAAUCAAAACGCGAUAUUGCAAAAAAUCAUUUACGUAAAGUAACGGAACAGUUUCCUGAUGAUGUCGAAGCUUGGAUCGAGCUAGCGCAAAUAUUGGAGCAAAGUGAUCUGAACGCAGCUUUGAAUGCUUAUGGAACCGCAACCAGGAUUUUGAAAGAGAAAGUUCAAGCGGACAUACCACCAGAGAUCUUGAAUAAUGUGGGAGCGUUACAUUACAGGCUUGGUAACUUGGAAGAAGCCAGAAAAAACCUAGAGGAAUCCCUGGCACGUUCGAAAGCGGACGCCUUACACGAUUCUGUAUAUUACAAUUCGAUAGCAGUGACCACGACGUAUAACUUAGCGCGACUCAAUGAGGCACUAUGCAUAUUUGAUCGGGCGGAGAAAUUGUACAAAGACAUUUUGAAGGAACAUCCGAAUUACGUAGAUUGUUAUCUGAGACUCGGCUGCAUGGCUAGAGACAAGGGACAGAUAUACGAGGCGUCCGAUUGGUUCAAAGACGCCUUGAGAAUCAAUAAUGAACAUCCGGACGCGUGGUCGCUAUUGGGUAAUUUGCAUCUGGCCAAAAUGGAAUGGGGUCCCGGUCAGAAGAAAUUCGAGAGAAUUUUAAAAAAUCCGACGUCUAGUACUGACGCUUACUCCUUGAUAGCGUUGGGAAAUAUUUGGUUACAAACAUUACAUCAAAGUGGAAAAGAUAAAGAAAGGGAAAAGCGACAUCAGGAUCGAGCAUUAGCUAUGUACAAACAGGUUCUGAGAAAUGAUCCAAAAAACAUUUGGGCCGCAAACGGCAUUGGCGCGGUGCUUGCGCACAAGGGUUGCGUAAACGAAGCUAGAGAUAUAUUCGCUCAAGUGCGCGAAGCAACAGCAGAAUUCUGUGAUGUCUGGUUGAAUAUUGCGCAUAUUUAUGUGGAGCAGAAACAAUUCGUCAGUGCUAUUCAAAUGUACGAAAAUUGUUUGCGUAAAUUCUAUAAAUAUCAUCACGUUGAAGUCCUACAAUAUCUUGGUAGAGCUUAUUUUAAAGCUGGCAAGUUAAAGGAAGCAAAAUUGACGUUAUUAAAAGCGCGCAGAGUAGCCCCACAGGAUACUGUCUUAUUGUACAAUAUUGCUCUUGUACUCCAACGACUGGCCACGCAAAUUCUUAAAGAUGAAAAAUCGACUUUGACCACUGUACUUCAAGCAGUUCACGAAUUGGGUCUUUCGCAUAAGUAUUUCCAAUAUUUGUCGGCGCAUGGCGAUAGGAUGGAACAACUGGCUGAAGCUGAAGCCAGGAGAUGUCAAGAUUUAUUAUCACAAGCACAGUAUCAUGUUGCUAGAGCUAGAAGAUUAGACGAGGAAGAGAAAAUGUUGAGGCGGAAGCAAGAAGAGGAAAGGCAAGCUUUUAAAAUGCGUCAGACGGAAGAGCAACGUAAACUGGAAGAGAUGCGUCGUCAGAAAGAGGAGGAAAUGUUGCAGAAGCGACAGGAAUACGUGGAGAAAACUAAGAACGCACUGGUAUUCGGCGAAAUGCCGUCGGAAAAACCUGGAAGAAAGGGCAAGAAAGUACGAACUGAUCAGUAUGUCAGUGAUAGUGGAGGUUCCGACAGAGAUGAAGGCAGGGAGGAAGUGCCGAAGGAAAGAAAACGUAAGAGAAAACCUAGUGGUGAAACUAAGGAGAGAAAGAGUAAAGGUAAAGGCAGACGUAGGAAGGACGCCGGAAGUGGCAACAGCGGAUCGGACAGUGACCAACCGAAACGCAAACGAGGUAAGAAGACUGGGGGGACUAAGAAAGAAAAAUCGCGUAAGGGCGCAGUUGAGACUCUUAAGGGUAAGCUGGUUAAAUCGAAGGAAACUAUUUCAACAAGUGAGUCAGACAGCGAUACGGGUGGCCUUAAAAUCGCCAGCGGCGGCGAAAGCGGUAACGAGAAUCAACCACGCAGUAGCAGACGAAUUGCGUCUGAUUCCGAAGGUUCUCGCGCUUCACGUUCGCGAUCUCGUUCAAGAUCAAAGUCUGGAAGCCGCUCGAGAAGUAGUUCGCGUUCGCGUUCGCGUUCGCGUUCGCGUUCCGGUUCCCGUUCAAGAUCGCCAUCUCGAUCUCGAUCUCGUUCUCGAUCUCGAUCUCGUUCUCGAUCUCGAUCUCGAUCAGUCUCUAGAUCCAGAUCCAGAAGCAUCUCGAAAUCAAGAAGUCGUUCGGUAUCCGGGUCAAGAUCAGGGUCGGCCAAAAGUAGGUCAAGAUCGAGGUCAGGUUCGCGCAAGAGUGGCUCUCGAUCAAGGUCUAACAGCGGCUCACGAAGAAGUGGAUCAAAGCCAAGAUCAAGAUCAAGUUCGAGAAAGAGCGGUUCUAGGUCGAGGUCACCGAGUGGUUCACGGAAAGGCGUAUCACGAUCGAGGUCUCGAUCCAAAAGCGGAUCGCGUUCAGGCUCGGAAGAACGUCAAUCUAGAAGCAAGAGUCGAUCGCGAUCUAAAUCAAAGUCUGUUUCGAGAUCUAAGUCGAGAUCGAAAAGCGGUAGCAGAUCGCGAUCGCGUUCUAGGUCGAAAAGCGGUUCUCGAAGCCGGAGUCCAAGCGGAUCGGCACGAUCUGCGUCUCCAGUAUCUAGAAAAUCAGUGUCAGGAAGCGGUGGUAGUGAUAGCGAAUAAAUCAACCGUUCUUGCAAUUGUAAGUUGGUAUAUCACAGUGAAAAAAACCAAUUACACGUAAAUAACAUAUAUAAUUUUUGUAAAAACGUUUCCUGAAGUUCUUUCAAUUACAGGUAAUAUGUUUAAUCAUUUUCGCUUUAUUAUUUUUUACUACUACUUCUCAAAUUUAUUUCUUUUUCAAUUUGUAAAAAGUAUUUUGAUGCGGAUCGCGAAAACAAGUUUAAUAAAAUUUGAUUUAAAAAGCGAAUGAAAGAACAGCAAGGCUAUUUAAAUAAGGAAAAAUAUAAAACUGUUUCUAUUAUUUUUAGCAAAUCUCUCUUACAUCUCGUCAUUUGAUAGAAUAUAUUAUUAACGAAAGCGCAAGUUGAAAGACCAAAUACUCUGAAGUAAGACAAUUUAUCAGAUAAAGAUCAUUAUUAAACUUUUUUUUCUGAUUUUUUAA